AUGCCUGAGGCGCUACAAUUUCAGGCCACAAAUCCUUACUUGACUGGUAUACCAGCCAACACAUACAGUCCAUAUUUUGCGCCCGGACACUUAGUGCCUGCAUUAUUAGGACCAGAUCCCUCAGCAGUCGCUUCACAGUUGGGUCCAGUUGUACCACAAGCUGUACAAGUGGCACAACAAAAAAUUCCCAGAUCCGACAGAUUAGAGGUUUGUCGCGAAUUUAUGCGCGGCGCCUGCAAGCGAGCCGAAUCGGAAUGUCGUUUUGCGCACCCGCAGGAGAGUGUUGCCAGACACGAUGAUGGUUCCAUCACGGUGUGCAUGGAUGCCGUGAAGGGAAGAUGCGCACGUGAUCCUUGUCGCUAUUUUCAUCCUCCCCUGCACCUACAGGCACAAUUAAAAGCGGCGCAAUCACGCGCUACUGCUGUUGCUGCAGCUGCUGCGGUAUGGCUAUAA